GAAGUCAAGUGAUGUCACAGCCACCAGAACAAAGCAACAGUUGGGAUUCUUAGAAUCUCGACAGCAUUUAAACUCUGAUUUCUCCAAAUACAAAAAUACAUUACAACUUCAACUACAAAGCUAUAUCCUAUAUUUCCACUAUUUGUUGGAUAAUAUCACACCGGGUGGUUGUUUUUCUUUAACAGUCAACUCUGGCACACGAUUGUUAAUGGCAGAUACCCCCCAUUAUAUUUCUCAAUCCAUCAGAUAAACCCAUAACCAUAUUUAAAAAUCAAAUUCAAGAGAUCGAUCUAUUAUCAUUUACAACUAAACCAAAAAUGGAAGCAGCUUUAAUGGAGUCCAAGUCUUUACGGUUCCUCACUCAGCAGUCUUUCUUUGCAGCUGUUCAAUCUGGGGAGCUUCAGUCUGUGAAGCAGAUGUUGGAUAAGCUGACAAAAGAUGAACCGUCUGAUGGAUCAUCGACGGUGUCUGAUCUGGUGGCAUCACAAAAUAAGUCAGGGAAGACUGCUUUAUAUAUUGCUGCAGAAAACAAUUUGCAGGAGAUUUUCAGUUACUUGCUCAAGUUUUGUGAUGUUGAGGUUGUAAAGAUGAGGUCCAACUCUGAUAUCAACACUUUUCAUGUUGUUGCUAAGUUAGGAAACUUGGGUGUGGUGAAGGAACUUUUGGGAAUUUGGCCGGAGCUUUGUGAGCUAUGUGACUCGACGAAUACCAGCCCCCUUUAUUUUGCAGCUGUUAAAAGUAAUUUAGAUGUCGUAAAUGCAAUAUUGAGUAGCGAUCCAAGCUGCGUUAGGAUAGUGCGUAAAAAUGGAAAGACGGCAUUGCAUACGGCUGCAAGGUAUGGCCUUAUUAGUGUAGUAAAAGCUCUUACAGAUUGUGAUCAAGGCAUUGUGAGAAUCAAAGAUAAGAAAGGCCAAACCGCGCUCCAUAUGGCGGUGAAGGGUCAGUGCCCGGCUGUCGUUGAUGAAAUAUUGCUUGCCAAUCACUCACUACUGAAUGAACGAGACAAAAACGGGAAUACCGCAUUGCAUAUAGCUACGAGGAAGGCUCGUCCACAGAUUGUGAGCUUGUUGCUAACCAAAAGAUUGAUUGAUAUCAAUGCCAUUAAUAAUCAGCACAAAACCGCGUUGGAUUUGGCCGAUAAACUCCAAUAUGGAGAAUCCACACUGGAAAUUAAAGGAGUUCUGAUGGAGGCAGGUGCACAGCAUGCUAGGUAUGUUGGCCAAGUGGAUGAAGCAAUGGAACUUAAGAGGACUGUGAGUGAUAUUAAGCAUGAAGUGCAGUCACAAUUCUUACAAAACCAAAAAACCAACAUAAGGGUGUCCGGAAGUGCCAAGGAACUUCAGAAACUCCAUCGAGAAGCUGUUCAAAACACCACCAAUUUCGUCACCGUUAUUGCAGUGCUCUUUGCAUCGAUUGCCUUCUUAGCCAUUUUCAACUUGCCUGGCGAAUACGUAACAAGUGAACCGGAUGAAGGGAAGGCCAACAUAGCUGAUCACGUAGGUUUCCGCAUUUUCUGCCUCUUGAAUGCCACAUCCCUCUUCAUGUCAUUGGCUGUUGUUGUUGUUCAGAUCACAUUGGUAGCAUGGGACACAAAUGCUCAAAAACAGGUUGUAUCAGUGGUUAACAAGCUAAUGUGGGCUGCUUGUGCUUGCACCUGUGGAGCAUUUUUGUCAAUAGCCUUUUUGGUUGUAGGAAAAGGGAAUUCAUGGAUGGCAGUCAUUAUAACCAUUGUUGGAGCACCAAUUCUGGUUGGGACACUUGCGAGCAUGUGUUACUUUGUUUCUCAACAACAUUUCCGGGGUUUUCGCAGCGACUCACAGAGACGAAUAAAGAGGGCAAGUGGAAGCAAGUCUUUCUCAUGGACAUAUUCUGCAAAUAUAUCAGAUGAUGAUGAUUAUAAUUCUGACCUUGAGAAGAUAUAUGCUUUGUAAAACUCUAUUUUAAAAAAGAAAAAUGAAAAAAAGAAGCCACUAAAUAAAAGCUUGCAAAAGGAGCACGGUACAGCCGCAGAAAGUCUUUUGCUGUGUAACUAAAUGGCUGACGCCUAAUGAUUCAGAGUUGUAAUAUCAAAGCUGUCAAAUUUUAAUCCAAAUGCUGUAAAAGCAAGACUGUAGUUCAUGCUUCCUGGUUCACGAUCCCAAGGCUGAUUAUAGAUUUGUGUACAAUAGACUAUGUUUUUCAUGUGAGUAUUGUAAAUUAGUAUGCAUACGACAUUAUGAUUUUUUAAAUAUUUUAUGCAUAUAGUUAUAAUGUGUUAAACAAAAA